GUGAAGUUCGUUGAAUUAGGUUUACUUGUUGAUUGAAUGCUUUCCGUGCGAGAGGAGUUUCUCUGCUAUUACUUCUUUGCCUCGGCUCGGUCCCGAGGUUGGUACGCGAACAAAUCCAGUUGAAUGCUCAAGCCAUCUUCCCAUCGCUCCUGUCCUGAAUCGAUUUGAAUGCGAUCUGCAGACGAAUCGAAUUAGGGAUCUGUCGAAUCUGGCUGUUGAGAUAUACCCUUGAUGGCGCGAUGCUGUGCUCCUUCUGGCGGUUUAUCGUCGAUCCGUUUCCCCUUUCUUGUGGCCAUCGUCGUCUUCUUCCUCGCUUCCUCUUCGCUUAUCUUUGUCAGGGCGGAGGACGAGAUCUCUCACGACGACGAUGAUAGCCCCCGAUUCCCCGGCUGUGACAACAAAUUCCAACUGGUAAAAAUCAUGAGCUGGUUGAAUGGGACUGAAGGCACGACCAUCGUGGGACUAAGUGCCAAAUUUGGCGCCACAGUUCCACGCUUAGCUUCUGAUGCUAAAAUAAACUCUGUUGUUCUUGCUGAUCCACUCAACUCAUGUGCCAAUUUGUCCUCCAAGAUAACUAAUUCUGUUUACUUGGCUAAGCGUGGUGAUUGUACAUUCACUACUAAAGCAAAAUUUGCACAAUUAGGAGGUGCAGCAGGUUUAUUGGUCAUUAAUGAUGACGAAGAGCUAUACAAGAUGGUAUGCACAGAAAAUGAUACCUCUCUUAAUCUGACGAUACCUGUUGUAAUGAUACCCAAGUCUGCAGGGGUUUACCUGAAAGACUCAUUGACUAGUGGACAGACAGUUGAAGUUCUUUUAUAUUCACCAAAUAGACCAGUGGUGGAUCUCUCGGCAGCCUUUUUAUUGUUAAUGGCUGUUGGUACCAUAAUUUGUGCUUCACUGUGGUCAGAGUUCAUUGUUGGCGAGCACAUUGAUGACCACUAUAAUCAAUUGACCAGGAAGGAUCAGCACAAUGCUGCUGCAGAAAACAGGGAGGACUCUGAGACAGAAAUUCUUGAGAUAAAUGCAAAGGGAGCAAUUGUUUUUGUUAUAGUUGCAUCAGUCUUCCUCUUGCUUCUUUUUUAUUUCAUGUCUUCUUGGUUUGUUUGGCUGUUGAUCGUGCUAUUCUGUAUCGGUGGUAUCGAGGGCAUGCAUGUUUGCUUAGGAGGCCUCAUAUCAAGGUUUUGUAAAUGCUAUGGGCAGAAGACAGUAAAUCUUCCCAUAAUUGGGGAAGUACAGGUCCUUUCAAUUGCAGUUGUGCCAUUUUGCGCUGCCUUUGCCAUUUUUUGGGCUGUGAAACAGCAUGCUUCAUAUGCCUGGAUUGGACAAGAUAUUCUUGGCAUCUGUCUGAUGAUUACAGUUCUGCAGGUGGUCCGGUUGCCAAACAUCAAAGUUGCUACAGCACUACUUAGUUGUGCUUUUGUAUAUGACAUAUUCUGGGUUUUUAUAUCGCCCCUUAUAUUCCAUGAAAGCGUCAUGAUUGCAGUAGCUCGUGGUGACAAUAGUGGUGGUGAAGCAAUUCCAAUGCUUUUGAGAAUCCCACGCUUUUUUGAUCCUUGGGGUGGCUAUGAUAUGAUCGGUUUUGGGGACAUUCUUUUUCCUGGUCUCCUAGUUGCAUUUAGUUAUAGGUAUGAUAGAUCAAAGAAAAAGGGCAUCUGGAAUGGUUAUUUUCUUUGGAUGAUAAUCGGAUAUGCUUUUGGUCUCUUCCUCACAUAUCUAGCUUUGUACCUGAUGGAUGGGUAUGGCCAACCAGCCUUGUUAUAUUUGGUUCCUUGUACUUUAGGACUCGCAAUUAUAUUUGGUUGGUCGAGAGGAGAAUUGAAUGACUUAUGGAACUACAGCAAACCACAAGCAAACAACAAUUCCAUCGAAGCUUGUUGAUCAAAGCUUGCAACGGUAAUUUGACUAAUUCCUCUCAGAAGUCAUGGUUAAAUUUCUUGACCCAGAUUCAAGGAACAAAAUGUAGUUAAGGUUACUUUGGUGGAUGCAAAGAUUGGUUUUAAGCGACAUUGAUCCUCUAAUAGAACAUGACAGGUUUAGGCGAGAGUCAGAUUCAAAGUAAUUAUAAUACACAUGGAGUCUCACGUAAUAACUUGUAUUGAAUCAACCACCCUUUGCGAAUCAACUUUUGUUGUUCAGUAUUACUUGUAUUGAUCAAUAUGGAUCUUGUUCGUUUGGAUUCGUUUUAUUCCAUAUGCUUGUUUAUUA